UGAGAAGGCGAAGGUGAAGCACCGUAUCUUGUAUCUUUGGAUCUUGGGCCCACUCACGGGGCCCGACGUACCGCAGAGGACCAGGGGCUUGUGUUGCUUGAAUCAGUCAGUUUGUAGUUAGUCGCGGUUUAGUUGUGUUAUUGGAUUAAUAAACAAUCGGAACGCGUUCGUAUGCCCGUAGUGCGGACUAUCUGCCCUGCGGAUUAGAUGCGGCCCACAUGUGCUUGACUAUCAGCCAAUAGUGUCCGUUUCUCAUCGUGCGUGUACUUAUCAGCGAGCGUGCGGGGGUGUAGUGCAUCCCUGCGCCAAAUCGUGCGUGUACUUAAUUCUCUCACCCAACAUACCGAACAUGCGUUCGCCCUGAUCCCACGCAUCAAUUGUGCAUGCAAUAAGUUCGUCGCCGUUUCACCUGUGAGCGCAUAGUGCGAAAAUACAACCCUUUGACCGUUCAAUUGAGGCGCUUCCGGUGUGUAUGGGGAUGUGCAGUGUCUUGAGGUGCUUCUAAGUGAAUUCAGUGGAGUAAUCGUGGUUGAUUGGAUAGUGAAGACAAAGGUCAGACUUUUUUAUAAGGACAUCGGCUCGUAGCUGCUAUUUGGAGAAGAUCUGAGUGCGACUCCAUCCACUUGGUCAGAUGGAAGGAAGGAGAUGAGAACACUUGACGCAACCGCAAGAUCGGAACGGUCAGUGAUGGUGUGACGGAGCCUAGGCUGGUUGUGGUCGUGGCUAUGCGAAACCUAAAAAGACCGUCGACAACGGCAGCGGCGUAUCUUGAACUCCGACACGCCUGACCCGGCUUGACCCCAAGCGCUCGUAGCGAUAGAGUGCCGCAGCGUUCGCGUCUGUCCGCUGUGUUGUUUCUUGGGUUUCAUUCGAGUUUCCUCAGUUUUGCUACGGCGGUCGUCUUACAUUUCGGAUUUUUCCAAUGUGCGCAGGGAAUACGUGAGUUGAUUUGUUCAUUCGGUUGUCGUUUUGAAACUUGAAGUUCACGGCAACGCGGCUUGCAGGUCAAUCGCUAUCGUUGUGGAAUACCGCGCGGUAUACGAAUUCAAGAUUCAUCAGACAGUGCUCGUGUUAAACGCUUCGUCUGGUUUUCAAAAAUUUCAAAAAUAGUUCCAGAGAAUCACUGCAAGGAGUGUAAGAAUUUGUAUUUUAUUAAUUCAAGAAAUUAAACUAGCACAUGGUCCCAAAAUAGUGAAAACCACCAUAAGCCCUUUAUUUCGGUUGAUACUUUCAGUGCGAGUUCAUUGUAUCUUUUAUCUAAUGUUUAUUUUUCCGUUCAUUGAUUCAUUUGCCAGUCGAUCGGCUGUUCGUCACUUGUAGCUUGACUCGCGACCGAUUGCCGGGUCGCGGUAUGUUUUCUCGAUUGCAUUUCUCCCGACCCCUAACUUGUGUGAGAUUGGUUUUUCGGUGAUAUUGGUUAAGUUCCAGAAGUUCGUGACCAGAAUGUUUAUUUUCUGAAGAAAACGUGAAGGAAAAGUGGCUUGAAGUGUGAAGAACACGGCGGCCAAAACCAGUGAUAACAGUGUGGAAGGCAUUCCAAUCUGAAUGAAUUGCCUUUAGGAAAAUACAAUGAGGGAGAUUGACGCGGAAGCACCAGUUGUAUGGCCUGCUUGGUGUUAUUCAGCAAAUACACAAGACUCAGCGAUCGACGUUAUUUCUAGGAAAGGCGAUUUGGCAUCCGACUUACUACCGGCGACAUCACCUUCGUCGUACGUCCAACCAAGUGAUACCACCAUUCUACCUACAUCAGGCAGUGGACAGAAAUCCCGUACCAGGAGGAAAAAUCCCUACACAAUAUCCCUAACCGCAGCCACCACCCCCGCAGCAGGAGCAACCGCAGGAAACGUUUCCUAUAACAGCUCUGCAGCUUCCUCUUCCUCAACCCGUUCAGUUUCACCUGCCAUCGAUCCUCCCAAACCGAAUGAAAAAUUGCAACAACACUUGCAACUUUCAUCCUUUCUCAUCAACAAAAAGAUGCUAAGUGAGCGGAUCUUGAUGGGAUUUGGUUCGUCAGCAUUGGAUAAUAGCAACAACAAUAACAACAAUUUAAAUAGUAGCAACAAUAAGAAGAACUGUGAUAACCCAACGAUUUCAGUAUACGAUAAGAUUAAGAAUGAAGCUCAGGUCAUGGAUCCUGUAACGGCUAGUUCGGCUUCAUCGCAUUUGAAAAAUGGUGACUUAAAUACAGCGAAUAAUGGUAGUAGCAGUAAUAGUAGUGGAGUUAAUAAUAGCGCGUCAAAUAUUGUGAAUAGUUCUGUGAAGAAGGAGCGACUUAGCCCGACGGCAAAUGGAGAUGUUCAUUCGUCGUUAUCGAGAUCACGGAGCGCAACACCGUCAUCAUUCCCUGGUACCCCACCACAAUCGACGCAUCCUAGUGAUCUCACAUCACAAAGUAUCCUCAAUCAGUCGCGAAACAACGAAUUCCAGGCAAGAAACUAUUCGGAUUUCAUGAGAAGUCUUGCGGCCAAAUACAAUAACACAAACCCAAAUGACGCUUCAUCGGCUCGAAACUUAUUUUUCGAUCAUCAAAAAUACACAAGCGGACCAACAAAAUCCGCAAGUAAAGAAUCACCUUCCCCACCGGAAAUCAAAAGGUCCUCGCUGGCGACACCACCUCAAGUGCCUUUUGUACCGCCCUUAUUUCCAGGGCUUCCAUUUUCGCCAACAGUUUUCCCGCCUCUGAUUGAUAUGAGUAGUACGCAGGCAUUAGUAACGCUGGCCCGUGCAGCCAAAGAAGCAGAACUACAAAAUAUCCUUCGCAACGCUCAAAAGCGUCCUGGAGCAACCACAUCCCAAAGUCUUUCUCCCUCCCUACGAGCAGUCCAGCAACUGGCUCAAUUCAAUCCACAAUCCUUCAUGAUUCCGUCACAAUUCCAAGCGCCACAACGAAGUCCUACAGGACCUCCUUCGCGCAAUUCCCAAAGCCCUCACCACUAUCGUGGUGAACCAACCUCCUCAUCAGUUGCUCCGGCAGCAAGCAGCAGCAACAAUACCAGCAGUGUGAAACGUUCAAGUUCCCCGCCCUUAGACCUCAGCUCAUCACAGCAAAUCAAGCGUCAAAAGAUAGAAUUGAGUACAUCCAGUCCUGCAGCUAGUCCACCAAUGACAGUUAUCCCGAGUUCUGCACAAACUAAAGACUAUUCGGCGAGCACGAGAACAACAAUAAAAGCAGAAAGUCCUGCCGCGGCGAGUUCGUCAGGUAUGGAAUUCCCGCGUCACUGUCGAUCGCAGAGUGAUGAAAUCAGCUCCUGGACGGUGGAUGAUGUUGGAAAUUUUGUGAGCAGCAUUGAUAUUUGUGCCGAAUAUGCUCAGAAAUUUCGCGAUCAAUGCAUCGAUGGCUCUGGACUCCCUCUUCUAACCGAGGAUCACUUAACCAACUCACUGGGCAUGAAACUAGGUCCAGCACUCAAACUUCGUUCAAUCCUAGCCAAAAAAUUGGGAGGACCAUGUCCAUGUGUCUCAUGUACAACACUCCUCCAGCAACAGCAGCAGCAACAACAGCCCCCACCGCCGGCAAUUCACCUAACACCACCAAGAGCGGCCUCAUCGUCGGCAAUAUCGUCAUCGUCAUCAUUGGUAGCACCACUAUCAGGAUCAUCAUCAUCAUCAUCGACAACGGCAACGACGAUACCAACAAACACGAAUGCAAUCAACAACAAUAGCAAUAGCACUGCCAGCACUUUAACAGCAACUCCAACUUCUGCAGCAACAAUAACCACGAACACUAGUAUUAGCGGGCAUCCGGCUAGGCCAGCAAGUGCUGAUUCUGGAAGUUAGUUCGACUGUUAGCGCUCGUAUGCGCAGUUGUUUUAAGACGCUCUGUAUGCACAAUCUAAUUGGUCUUUAUUCUAGUUUCUUCCGUAGCUAAAUAGCAUUUUUAGCACGCUAAGUUGAUGAGAAGUAGUCACACUCUCUGUCCAAGAAAGAUACUGGCUUUAAUCAAGUUUUCUGCUUUCUUUCGUUAGACAAAGUAAAUAUUUACAGUUGAUAGUAAAUUAUUGGAGGAAUUUAGAAAGGGAACCUUCCGUAGUUAUUCCCAAAUUUUAAGGUGUUGGAAUACACCUUAUCGAUUUCAAUUCGGGUUAAUGUUCAACCUUUCCUGAACCGAAAGUAAUAGCACAAAAAAAUGUGAGUUUGAUGUACUUAGUUGUCAUCAUCUUUUCUUUUCUCAACAUGACAUACACUUGCUAACGAAUGUGCAAAAGAAACUCUUGAGACGCUACCUCACCUUUGUCCAAAGAGUAGAAUAGUCCACACCGGCUACAAGUGCUGUUUGCUCCAUUUUCAUUGAACCAUACCUACAAAAUCUGCAGGAGUUGCACGAAAUAAAUUUGCCAGAGGACCAAAUUUAGUUACGAAUAUAACAGCCUAGUUUUUUUUUAACUGUCGUCUCAUUGUGGGUUGCAACGUUAUGCAAUCUCAUCAUCAUCAACGGCGCAACAACCGGUAUCCAGUCUAGGCCUGCCUUAAUAAGGAACUCCAGACAUCCCGGUUUUGCGCCGAGGUCCACCAAUUCGAUAUCC